CGUCGUGGCGCCACGCCCCCAGCGCGAGACUCUGUACCUCAGGAGAAAUGGGGAUAAGGUUUGAUGAUUGUGUGAAUCUCAGACCUAUUUAGAAUUAGGUGUAGGGGUUAAUUUUCCGGUUUAUCCCCCCCCCCAAAAGUCUCGUGUUGAUUGUAACGGCGACGGUUUCAGACGAGUGACGCAAUCGAUUCGGCCCGCAAUCAUAGGAUCGCACGCGAGCUCGUUACCGCAAGCAUCGAUCAGGAUGGCUGGCGCGACAGCGAGCAGUGGCUGUCAGAAAAUCCGCGGCGCUCAACUGCAGGAGCUGCUCGAGUCCAAACACAACGUGCUGUUCGACUGCGACGGUGUGAUCUGGAACGGAGAGACGGCGGUGGCGGGAGCUCCCGAGGUGGUGCGCGCGCUCAAGCAGCGCGGAAAGCGAGUGUUCUUCGUCACCAACAACUGCACCAGGCCGAGGCAGAGCUACGUGCAGAAGUUCGCGCGGCUCGGGUUCGCCGAUGUGGACGAGAACGAAAUCUUCAGCUCGGCGUACUGUUCGGCUGCUUACUUGCGCGACGUGGCCACGUUCAGCGGCAAGGUGUUUGCCAUCGGCUGCCCUGGCGUGCACACCGAGCUGCGGGAUGCCGGUAUCACCGUGGUCGAGGAGGAAGAAGACGGACCGGACGUCAACAUUUCCAACUGCGCCCUGGACUCGGACGUGCGCGCCGUGCUUGUGGGCUACGACGAGAAAUUCAGCUUCAUGAAGCUGGCCAAAGCCAGCUGCUACUUGCAGGACUCUGAGUGUUUGUUUUUGGCCACUGACCCUGACCCUUGGCAUCCUCUUCGUGGAGGAAGAAUCACACCAGGUUCUGGGAGUCUCACUGCGGCUUUGGAAACCGCCAGCAGCAGGAAGGCCACGGUGAUCGGCAAACCGAGUCGUUUCAUGUUCGAGUGCAUCGCCAGUCAGUUUGAUUUAGACCCAGAGAGCUCUUUGAUGGUGGGCGACCGCUUAGAGACUGACAUCGUUUUUGGCGUUAACUGUGGCCUUUCCACAGUGCUCACACUAACGGGCGUCUCGACCUUUGAACAAGCACAGGUUUACAAGGACAGUGACGAGCCGGAGAAGAAGGACUUUGUGCCCGAUUAUGUGGUGGAGAGCAUUGCAGAUUUCUUGGAGGCUUUGGAGGAGUAGGAAAGAAAGGAUGGGGUGGUUUUGAACUCCAUAAUAAACCCCAGAGCACACAGCUUUUGCCUGGUACCCAAAACAGUCAUUACUGUAUGUUCAGUGCUGUUGUUCAUGGUGUACAAUUAUACGUACGUGUCAUCAUAGCAGGAGUUCUCAGUUCAUCAUCUGUAUUAGAUGACAUGGACGUACCAUUCGGUUUAAGUACUUGAAUGAAUAAUGAGCACAUUUUGAAAGGAGUAGUUUAGCCAAAAAAAAAAAACGUUCCUCACCCCAGAUGUUGUCGAUCAUAAUUAAUGUACUAUAGUUUUGUUUCUUUAUUUGUGACUUAAAUGAAACUAACAAGAAAGAGAAGCUUAGUCAGGGCCUGAUAUCCCAACCCCACCACCUGUGUGUCACUAUUAUAGAUAUUUUUAGUUCUAUGCAUGUACAUCUAAAGGAAGUGAUGACAUAGAAAUGUGGGGUGUCUGAUUGGACUGGCAGUUCCACACCAAUCACAGAUUAAACCUCACCGGUUGACUACACAACUUCACAAAAUCUGGUUAAUUACAUCCAAAUGAAAUUGUAUCGGAUCAAAAAGCAAUAUAAAACGGACAAGGUUGUUUCAGACCUGCCAACUCCUGAAGAUUAAUAAUGAAAUCACAGCCCAAAACCUAUAGCAAGAGAUUUUCAGUCUUUGGAUCAUUCAUGAAAUAAGUCUUUUUGAGGAAAACUGAUGCUUUCAGAUGACUGAAUUUUUCCACCAUAGUUUCGUGUUGAUUAAAAAGGUUUGCGUCCAAACAUGUCACUUUACAAAUAAUUUUAAAUGGUCAAACAUCCUUAACAGAUCCACUUGAUUAGUGUUAACUAAAUACUUGUUCAGGAUUUUAUCUCACAUUAACAAACUGAAAACAUUUGACGGUAAAAAGCUGAAACACGGAAAAGCACAAAAGCAUAGAUCAAAUAGAUUACCAAUGUGAGUUGGAUAAAGUGGGCGGGGCCUCCAGUGGGUGGCAGUUAACGUUGGACAAUUUAAAAAAAUAAAAAUGGUCUGAUUGGCUCGUCUUCUUACUCUGUUUGACAUGAUCUGGCAACUUUGGUUAGAUAUGCACACUUUUAAUUAUAAAGUUGUGGCAUGUUGAACAAACAAUACAGUAUCUAUGGGAGAGAACAUUUAUGAAUUGAAAGACUGCAUCACAUUUUUGUUAGUCUUUUAUGUUUGUAGGAAACUACCUCGUGACUUUCCUGCUGUGUUUUCAACCCUGCAAAUCCUUGCUUAUUUAGCAUUGUGCCAAACGACUGCUCAGUAAUGACGUACACUAUAUUGCCAAAAGUAUUCGCUCACCUGCCUUGACUCGCAUAUGAACUUAAGUGACAUCCCAUUCCUAAUCCAUAGGGUUCAAUAUGACGUCGGUCCACCCUUUGCAGCUAUAACAGCUUCAACUCUUCUGGGAAGGCUGUCCACAAGGUUUAGGAGUGUGUUUAUGGGAAUUUUUGACCAUUCUUCCAGAAGUGCAUUUGUGAGGUCACACAGUGAUGUUGGACGAGAAGGCCUGGCUCUCAGUCUCCGCUCUAAUUCAUCCCAAAGGUGUUCUAUCGGGUUGAGGUCAGGACUCUGUGCAGGCCAGUCAAGUUCAUCCACACCAGACUCUGUCAUCCAUGUCUUUAUGGACCUUGCUUUGUGCACUGGUGCACAGUCAUGUUGGAAGAGGAAGGGGCCAGCUCCAAACUGUUCCCACAAAGUUGGGAGCAUGGAAUUGUCCAAAAUGUCUUGGUAUGCUGAAGCAUUCAGAGUUCCUUUCACUGGAACUAAGGGGCCAAGCCCAGCUCCUGAAAAACAACCCCACACCAUAAUCCCCCCUCCACCAAACUUUACACUUGGCACAAUGCAGUCAGACAAGUACCGUUCUCCUGGCAACCGCCAAACCCAGACUCGUCCAUCAGAUUGCCAGAUGGAGAAGCGCGAUUCGUCACUCCAGAGAACGCGUCUCCACUGCUCUAGAGUCCAGUGGCGGCGUGCUUUACACCACUGCAGCCGACGCUUUGCAUUGCACUUGGUGAUGUAUGGCUUGGAUGCAGCUGCUCGGCCAUGGAAACCCAUUCCAUGAAGCUCUCUGCGCACUGUUCUUGAGCUAAUCUGAAGGCCACAUGAAGUUUGGAGGUCUGUAGCGAUUGACUCUGCAGAAAGUUGGCGACCUCUUCGCACUAUGUGCCUCAGCAUCCGCUGACCCCACUCCGUCAGUUUACGUGGCCUACCACUUCGUGGCUGAGUUGCUGUCGUUCCCAAACACUUCCACGUUCUUAUAAUACAGCUGACAGUUGACUGUGGAAUAUUUAGGAGCGAGGAAAUUUCACGACUGGAUUUGUUGCACAGGUGGCAUCCUAUCACAGUUCCACGCUGGAAUUCACUGAGCUCCUGAGAGCGACCCAUUCUUUCACAAAUGUUUGUAAAAACAGUCUGCAUGCCUAGGUGCUUGAUUUUAUACACCUGUGGCCAUGGAAGUGAUUGGAAUGCCUGAUUCUGUUUAUUUGGAUGGGUGAGCGAAUACUUUUGGCAACAUAGUGUAUGUGCAUGUCCACUUUAAAAAAAAAAGAAAAAGAAAGAAAUAUACAAACUCUGUGAUUAGAAAGAAAGUGAUUCUGCUACUUGAUAUUUAUUUUUUAGACAAGGAGGCUGAUCGGCUUCAUCUGGGUACGCGGAAAAGUUUUAGUUUCAUCUAAACUAUUUCUUUCUAGUUUUUUUGGCGACAUUCUACAGACGGCCCUGCAAAAGAGCAUCCUCCCAGCUGUAAUUAUCUGAAAGCAUGGCAAACGUAAUUCCAUUUAAUGAAGAAACUCUUUGGGGCGAUGAUGAAACAGCAUGCCAUACACGCCCGAAGAAAAGGAAAUAUCUCUUUGAUAGUAACUUUUGUGUAGAAUAUACCUGAAAUUUUUCCUGUGAAAUCCUCCUGCCCAGCAACAGGCUGUCUUUUGGAAAGUUUUAUUUAAUUGAGUAAUAACUACUGAAAUGUGGAGAAUGUACUGUAGCAAGACUGUGGUAUUCAACCAAGAGACUUAUUUUCUGGUUGUGUAGUGAAUUAAUUUAAUCUCACAGUGACAUAAAAUUCUCCAUUCUGAUUGGUCAGAAGGUGUUGGAAUAAUUUUUCUAAGGAUCGCUCAGAAAGUAGUUCCGGCUGCAAUGUGCUAUUGUUUCCAUAGUAACAGCUUAGCCAGUGAUUUGUAUGGUGAAGUGCCAUAUAUGGUAAUUGUCGAUAUGUUGACGUUUUCUGUAGGGAGAUUCUUGAUCUAACAAUUUUGUAAGGAGUCUCCAGUGUCGGUGCUAUUUAAUGGUCAGAAGUAAAGCGUCCUGACACUGGAUGUUUUGUAGUUUGGCAUUACCAUGAUGACCUGCAUGUUUGUUUUUUUUUGUUUGUUUUUUUUAAUUAUUAUAGGAUGCUGUUGACAAAGAUAGCUGCUAUAAUGUAAGGAAUGACGGAAACUGAUUGGUUUCUAUAAUUGCAUAAUAAUGCAAUGUUCACUAAGUAUGAAAAAUUAAUAAGAUUUGGCAAAUUGCAGAGGUGAAGGAGAAUUAAAACACUUCUGCAUGUGCUGUUAUUGGCAUGGUAGUCACUUCAUCCUGUGGUGUUUUAUUCCCUUUCAUGAUAUCUAAAUAUACUGUGCAGCAUCUCCGUAGCUUUAGCUGUUGACACAAAAUAAAACCGAAUUCUUCUCAGUGUUCUACAAAAUUUGUUAUACAAAGUGACAAUCAGUAUAAUUUUGAACUUGACUGGUUAAGUUGCAUCCAAGGGUCUAUCUGUCGCUCAGCACAUGUUCUGCUGUCUGUCUGGGUUCUGCAGUGGUAGCAUCUGUGUACUCAAGCUAUUGUGCCAGUUUAACGAACAUGUAACAUGUAGCUGGACUUGACAUUUCUCUCAGUGUUGAAUGAUAUUCUGUUCUGUUUUCUAGCAGCUCUUCCUGUUUGGUGCGGUGUUUACAUCGUCCCAACUGACGUGUUUUCUAAAAGUAAUUCUAGAGCUUUUUAAAGCUGCCGUUUGGGAUUUAAUGAUUUAUUACUACAUGUAAAUCUUAUUUGAAAGAUUUAUGCCUUUUUUUUUGGAAUCAUAAUCUUACAGCUUUUCAUGAAAAUUGACCUUCUCAUAUUUUAUUUUGAAAAAAAUUUUCACUCUACAUUCAUCCAGUCUGAUGGAAUAUUUUCUUUUCCUGUGCACCUGCAUUAUAAACCUACUGAACGUUUUGGAUUUGGCGUCAGUAAUGAGUGGAUGGAGUUGUAAUGGAAAACCUGUAUUACUGUUUAUUAUAUUCUAAUAAUUGAUUGUGGAAGUCCUAAUCAAGCUAUCAUUUUUAGAAUCAAAAAAUUUUAACAUAAUCUUCUGUUGGAUACCUGGACACUCAGGAAUCCCAGGUAAUGAGCAAGCAGGCUAAACUGCCAAAGAAGCAUUAACUAAAAUACCAAGCAAAUGCUCUAUGCCUUUCACAGAUCUGAAACCAAUUUUAAAUGUAUACAUCAAAAAUAAAUGGCAAUCAGAAUGGAACCAAUGUUUAAUUAACAAGCUGCAUGAAAUAAAUCCAAACAUUGGAACAAAACAUACAUUUCCCUUUAAUAACCGUUGGGAUCAAGUCGUAUAUACAAGAUGCAGAAUAAGACACUCAAAAGCUACACCAAUUUUUACUAUCAUGUAAAACCCUUCUGUCCAUCAAACAUACUUUGUUCGAAUGUAACACUUUUACCCCUAGAAGAAAACUCUUUUAUUCUGUUGACACUUUUGAAAAAGUUUUUAAACAAGUAAACCCAUCUUCGGUUCCUAAAAAAAGUUAAUCUUAAACAUCUUAUAUAGUUUUAAUAUUGAAUAACAAAAACUGACUCUCGCCAAGAAUAUAGCCAUAGAAGCUGGCAUGGUGUUAAAAAAGAAAGAAAGAUAUUCUAAUAAUUAGUGAUCAAUGUUCGGGUUUAAACUGGACUUGUGUGACUAAUAUAAAGCUUGCGUGAUUGUGUCCAUAUGUCUUUAGCUAGACUGGACAGUCUGUAUCUAUAUAAUUUUCUUAAGAUAAAUAUGAAGUUAUUACAUUUAUUUAAUGCCAAACUCUGCUGUGAGAAUAAUGUGUACAUGCUGUGACCUGGUUUGGCAUUUCUGUUAGUACGUUCCUGUGGUGGUUAUAAUUACCUUUUUAAUAAAACAGUUCCCUCAUAUUGAAAUGCUCUUUGUUUCUGUAAUAUGAAAUGUUCUAGCAAAGCUAUAUAAGGAAUCGAAUACAUUUAUGAAGUUUAACAUGAACUGUAUUGUAUAAAAUGUACUGUAUAAAAUAUUUCUUCGUUGACAGUG